UUCAUCAUUCGAAAGGAGGGAGGAAUGUCACUUCCUUUUUCAACGCGUGGUGGGGUUCUCCUUUCACACAGUGGCCACCACCAGAAAACAUCGAUCCUAUCAUGUUAUCAAUGCACAUAGGAAAUGCGAUCAAGCCUAUGAUAUCGAAAAAUAUAGAAUAUCUACGGAGAAAAUCGCCUAUUGGAUGUCGCGAUACUACUUCUCUUGAGUUCCUAAGACAACAAGGUGUUGAAUCGUUUUUCUCCGGUUGUUUAACGCUACUGAUGCAGAACACGACCAAAGAUGCCAAACGAAAUGAGAUUAUUUAUUUGACAGAUGUAAACGAUGAAGUUAGGAAGCUUUUGCCAUUGGAAAUUCAACAGAAAGGUAUUCUAUUGGCGCAUAACAUGAAUGGAGCUGCUCGGCUUAACAAGUUCUCAAGAUUUAAAGCAGCUUAUGAUCUGAUAGAAAAAUACUCCAAAGCAAAGCUGGUCGUAACACAACGCAUCCACAGCGCAUUGCCAUGUGUUGCCAUGGGAACACCCGUCAUAUUCAUCAACUCUCCCAACAUGCCAGGUGGAGGUGGUACAAAGAGUGAAAGCUCGCCAAGAACUCAAGGAUUCCAUGAGUUGUUCUACAUAGUUGAUUUGUAUAAAAUGUCCAUUGAUGAGGCCAAAGUAUGGCUGCAUAACUUUGAUUGGCACGAUCCUCAUCCAACUCCGUCUUCAAGUCUUCUGAAGAGGUUAAGAGCCACAUCGUGGAAUAUCAUUCGUCAAAAGAAUGCAUUGCAUGAAGCAGCUCUAAAAUUUGGAGUCAUUCCUUUUCCACAUUUCAUUCCUCCUGACGGAAAUAAGCAGGAUUUGUUUCAUUUGAUAUUCACUACUAAGGGCACACGAGUUAUAAAUCUAUUUCAUGGAAAAGAGUCGGUCUUAUCGAGCUUGAACUGGCGACACUGGCGUUGCAUCGAGUCGAUCUUUUAUCACCAUCCAUUUGCAAAGGUCAUCGUACAUAGCAACACCUUACCGCAUAGAACGUUUGGUGUUCUAAAGGAAUCUGGCUAUGACAUUGAGGUCCGAAGGUACAACUUAACAAAGAUGGUCAAUGGCACUCCUGCACAAAGUUUUAUGACUGGAAAGUAUAAUGAGGUGAAGGAUGGUAAAUACUGGUACAGUCAUGAGACAGAUCUUCUGCGCAUGCUCAUACUCUACAAAAUGGGUGGCGUGUACAUGGAUAUUGACGUUAUAUUAGUACGCUCCAUUAGAGAGUUGCCUGUUAAUGUUGUUGGAUACCAGAGUAAUGGAAAAAUAAUGAAUGGGGCCUUUAUGUAUUUUGAAAAAUAUCAUCCAUUUUUGAACAAAAGUUUGGAACAUUUUGCUAAAAACUACAAUCAAUAUAGCUGGGCAGCAAAUGGUCCACUGCUUAUUACAAGCAUCUUGCAUUCAAACAAUUCAGCUCAAUACAAUGUAAGUGUGCUCGAUCAACUUGCAUUCUACAUGUUUCCAUACUAUAGAGUUGUCGAUGAGUGUUUUCAACAAACAUCCGGGAAAACGUUCAAAAAAAAUAUGAAAAUUUUCAAAGAAAAGACUUUUGCUGUUCAUUUAUACUCAAAAUACAGUGCUGCACAAGGUCUGAACCAGAAACUGAAAGAGGGAACGAUAUGUAAAAACCUUCUCAAUUCGUUUUGUGUUUUGUGCGACAAGUGGUAUUAGGGUAUUUGUGAUAGGCUUGGACUGAAAGAGGGAACGAUAUGCAGAAAGCUUCUCAAAUCGUUUUGUGUUUUGUGCGACAAGUGGUAUUAGGGUAUUUGUGACAGGCUUGGACUGAAAGAUGGAUCGAUAUGCAGAAAGCUUUUUGAUUCGUUCUGUGUUUUGUGCGGCUACGAAUCGUGGGUAAUUGACACUUUAUAAUAACAAUCUUUAUCAUAUAAUUAUCCA